UAACAAGGCACAGCCGCCACUUCGACGUUUUCAAACCGGAAGUGGCCAUACCGCGACUGUCCGUUCAAAGCUGGCUUGACGUCGUUGCAACAAUGACACGAAGCCACCACGGUUUAAGCAAAGAUCCUGCACUUUGCCAAACGUUUACAAGGUUGUAAUUUGACUUGCUGAUGCAGCGGUCGCUCAUCGUAUUAGCAAAAAAGACCUUCAACCUACGACCCCUCACCGCUCAUCUCUUCAGAGCCUCUUCAUAUUUCAAACCCCCGUCUGCUCACACCCGGAAGGUCCACCAUCUGUUCUCGCCACUGCCCUUGCGUAACGACCCGCUUUUCCCACGUCUGCGCCUCUCCCAGCCCGCCAUGUCUGACCAGCGCUUCCUGGUAGAGUACGCCAAGCGCGGCACGGCGGGAUGCAAGAAGUGCAAGGAGAAGAUCGGCAAGGGCAUCACACGCAUCGGCAAGAUCGUGCCCAACCCUUUCAGCGAGUCGGCGGGCGAGAUGAAGGAGUGGUACCACGUCAAGUGCAUUUUUGAGAAGCUGGAGCGUGCCCGGGCCACCACCAAGAAGAUCGAGGACAUCACCGACCUGGAAGGCUGGGAGGAGCUGCAGGAUGAGGACAAGGAACUCAUCAAUAAACAUGUCUCGGACUUGAUGGCUAAAGUCAACUCCACGCCAAAAAAGAAGGUGCAGGCCAAGUUAAACACGUCAGGCACGCUCCUGUCCCCUCCCCUAGUAGACCCCUCAGCAAACGCACCACGAAAGUUUUCAGGCUUCACCGCUGCGAAGGCAGGCGCUUCGAGUGGGCCGUCGUCCUCCACUUCCUCCCCUUCCUCAUUCUCUUCCCCGCCUGCCAAAGCCAGCCAAGGCAGCACCUUGGCCGCGCAGCUUUGCGAUCCCCAGCACAAGGACUGCCUCCUUCGAGAGUUCCGGAAGCUGUGUGCAACGGUGGCUGAGAACAACAGCUACAACGUCAAGACACAGAUCAUCGAGAAGUUCCUCCGGAAGGGCACGGGCGGAGAUAAGUUCCAUGGAAAUCUGUACCUGACGGUGAAGCUGCUGCUGCCCGGCGUCGUCAAAAGUGUCUACAACCUCAACGACAAGCAGAUUGUCAAACUCUUCAGUCGCAUCUUCAGAUGCAACCAGGACGACAUGGUGCGCGACCUGGAGAAGGGUGAUGUGUCAGAAACGGUACGGAUGUUCUUCGACGAGAGCAAAGCAUUUCCGCCGUCGGCUAAGAGCCUCCUGACCCUCCAGGAAGUAGAUGCGUCGCUGACCCGCCUCGCCCAGCUCACCAAGGAGGACGAGCAACAGAGCGAGCUGGAGGACGUUGCCAAAAAAUGCACCAGCAACGACCUCAAAUGCAUCAUACGUCUCAUCAAGCACGACCUGAAGAUGAACUCAGGAGCAAAACAUGUGCUGGACGCUGUCGACCCGAACGCCUACGAUGCCUUCAAGGCCUCCCGAAAUUUGGGCGACGUGAUCGAGCGGGUACUGAAGAAUCAGCAGGAGGCGUCCAACGGGUCGGGACCAAGGAAACUGUUGACCAUAGAGGCGUCGCUCAUGACCCCGGUUCAGCCCAUGUUGGCAGAGGCGUGCAAGUCAAUCGAGUACGCCAUGAAGAAAUGCCCCAAUGGCAUGUAUUCGGAGAUCAAGUAUGACGGCGAGCGCGUGCAGGUCCACAAGAACGGCGACAACUUCAGCUACUUUAGCCGCAGCCUCAAGCCUGUGUUACCGCACAAAGUGGCCCACUUCAAAGAGUACAUCCCUCAGGCGUUUCCCGGCGGCCACAGUAUGAUUUUGGACGCCGAGGUGCUGCUCAUCGACACCAACACCAGCAAGCCGCUGCCCUUUGGGACUUUGGGCGUGCACAAGAAAGCUGCCUUUCAAGACGCCAAAGUGUGCCUUUUUGUUUUUGACUGCAUCUACUUCAAUGGCACCAGUCUAAUGGAGAGGCCGCUUUCUGAACGCAGGAAGUUCCUGCACGACAACAUGGUGGUGGUGCCCAACCGAAUCCUCUUCUCUGAGAUGAAGCACGUCACACGUGCAGGAGACCUUGCUGACAUGAUCACUCGAGUCAUCAGAGAAGGUCUUGAAGGCCUGGUGCUUAAAGACGUGAAGGGCUCUUAUGAACCCGGCAAGCGCCACUGGCUGAAGGUUAAGAAGGACUACUUGAAUGAGGGAGCCAUGGCCGACACAGCAGACCUGGUGGUACUGGGGGCUUUCUACGGCAAAGGCUCCAAUGGGGGCAUCAUGUCCAGUUUCCUCAUGGGUUGCUUUGACCCAGCUUCCAAAAAGUGGUGCACGGUCACCAAGUGCUCGGGAGGCUACGACGACGCCAUGUUGGCUCGCCUCCAGAAAGAGCUGGACGUCAUCAAAAUCAGCAAGGACCCCAGUAAAAUCCCUGGCUGGCUGAAAAUUGUGAAAAACUACUAUCCCGAUUUUCUUAUUAGAAACCCUGAGCAAGCGCCAGUGUGGGAGAUCACAGGCGCAGAGUUCUCCAAGUCGGAGAUGCACACGGCCGACGGCAUCUCCAUCCGCUUCCCCCGCAUGACUCGUAUCCGCGACGACAAGGACUGGAAGAGCGCCACCAACCUGCACCAGCUCAAAGACUUGUAUCGAAUCUCCAAAGAGAACUGCGACUUCAAAGUGACGGCGGGACCGUCCGGCGAGGACAAGGGCUCGCCGCCAGGGGACAGCGGCGGAAACUCUCCCGCCCCCUUGUCAUCAGCGAACGGAAGAGCCCCGCCCAAAAAGACAAGCAAAAGCACGCCCGCCAAGCGUAAGAUGGUCAAGUCUGAACCAAACACCCCCGUCCGAGAAGCUCCCGUGGCCAAGAAGGUGAAGAAGAGUGAAAGUGUUGACAGCAACGGACACGCCAAGACCAAAGCAGCACCGCCUCAGAUGCUGGAGCCCAGGAACGACAAGACGCUAUUGGACAUCUUCAGUGGGGUGAAGCUCUUCCUGCCUGCGGGCGCCGACGACUUUGACAAGUUGCGGCGUUAUUUUGUGGCGUACGACGGUGACCUGGUGGCCGAGUACAACUCCACCUUGGCCACGCACACGCUGAGCGAGCCCGUGGAGGACAGCCGGGCGCAGAAAGUGUCGGCGCGGUGGAUAUGGGAGUGCAUCCGCAAGCGCCGUGUGGUCGCCCCCUGCUAGCGUCUCAGGAUUAUUUCUUCUUUGUGUUAAAGUCAUCAAUUGAACCACUCUUUCUCAUUGACUGAACGUGUCACAUCGUCGCCAUGGUAACCUAAGGGCUGAGGACUGUUUUCAGUUUCACAUCGUCGCCAUGGUAACCCAGGGGCUGAAGACUAUUUUCAGAGGGGGAAAACAAAUUGUUAAACAUUCUAAUAAACAGGAGGAACACGCUAUGCUUUUCUUUUGGUAAAAGGACAACUGGCUGUUUUUAAACAAACCAUGAAAUAUGCUUUUUAAAUAAAAGAUCAUGUCAUAAACCACUUGAAUGCAUCAUUGAGAAGAAAUGACUGAACACUUCAUUAGGUACACAUGCUCAAUCAUAAAAUACAUUAUUACAGUCAACGUUUCAAAAAUAAUCCUAUCAGUUUCUUCUAUUGUAAUUUAUAUGAGCCAACUGAAAUGUA